UAAGACCGAAUGAGCAUUUCCUCACAUUGACUCAUCAGCUUCUCUCUGCUAAGGAAGAUACGUGACAUCGUGUCAAAUAAUAAUAGUUAAAAAAAAUGCCGGGGAUCUUGAGGACCGUUGCCAGCCGCGUCGCACCCGUCCUGCGGGGACACACCGUCACCCAGACGGCGAAUAUGUACACCAGGCCGCCAAAAGAGAAGAUCGGCGUCGUUGAAUCAACAAUUGCGUGCGCUGUGUUCGCCGCAACGAUCCUUGGACCCUCUGGAUGGAUCCUGGCUCACCUGGAGGACUACAAGAAGAGGGACUAAAGUUUAAACUCUUGUCAGAUGCGGUGCAUCCGGCCUCCGUCUUAUCCUGGGAUCAUCAUCUUCAUCUAAUGCUGCAAAGAUGUUUUAGUUGUCACUAAAACAUCUUUGUUUUAGUGAUAACAAAACAAGGAACCUCUGUGACAGUUCCUUGUCCCUGUUACAACUUCACUUAAAAUUAUAGCUCUGAUACGUCAAUUAUGCUACAAUUUUGUUGUCAAUCUUUCCUCAUAAGGAGUGUUACAUAAUUAAAUUUUAACCUUAAAUGAU